GACCAACGGCAACCGCCAUUUUGCACCGUUUUUAUUCGACUGCAUAAUGAAUGGUCGGUCUGUCGUCCCCGCAGGCCGCUGAGCUUUCCAGCGAACGCCAUUGAUCGCUACUUCCGCCUUCUCUGUCUUCCGGCCGCGCCAAUUGCAUCUUCUCUUUCUGUUUCUCUGUUUCGCGGCAAUGAUUAGAUCGCCCUGCUCGACCGCGACGAAAAGGAAGGAGUUCUUUGCGUGGCGGCAGAAGGGCUCCUCCUCCGUGUCCGGUUCUGCUGUUGCAUUCCAGCAGCUGCUGCAUCAGCUUGGGGACGACUACGACUCCCCCGUGGAUUUCCAGCUUCCGGACUGGCUCAAGAAGCCGCUUAAGGCCGCCACGCCAUACACCUCCAUCAGGCGCAAUGUGUAUCUGACCAAAAGGAUCAAAAGGCAUGCUGACGAUGACGGCAUCUUCUGUUCCUGCACUCCUCCCCCUUCUGGAAUAUCAUCCGUCUCUGUCUGCGAAAGAGAUUGCCUUUGUGGAAUGCUUUUGUCUACCUGCUCAAGAAGUUGCAAGUGUGGCAGUUUAUGUGCUAACAAACCGUUUCAAAACCGCCCUAUUAAGAAAGUAAAAUUGAUUGAGACAGAGAGGUGUGGACUGGGACUUGUAGCAGAUGAAGACAUAAAACGGGGAGAUUUUGUGAUUGAAUAUGUCGGUGAAGUCAUAGAUGAUAAAAAGUGUGAGGAAAGGCUGUGGAAAAUGAAGCACUGUGGGGAGACUAAUUUUUAUCUCUGUGAGAUCAAUCGUGACAUGGUUAUUGAUGCUACAUACAAGGGAAACAAGUCUAGAUUUAUAAACCACAGCUGUCAACCUAACACUGAGAUGCAAAAAUGGGCAAUUGAUGGUGAAACCCGUAUUGGUAUAUUUGCUACUCGUGACAUAAGAAAAGAGGAAGAACUGACUUAUGACUAUCAAUUUGUACAAUUUGGAGCAGAUCAAGAUUGCUAUUGUGGUGCCCUAGGUUGCAGGCAGAAACUGGGUAACAAGCAUAGCAAACUAAAGCUCUCUUCAGAUACGGAUGUUCAACUUACUCUCUUUGAGGAUGAAGAAAAUGGAAGAUCAAAUAUCGCAGCAAGCUAUUCUGUUCCAUGGAAAAAAAAGAGCAAUUCCAGAAAUUGUAUUGGGGAAGUUGUACGAGUAUGGUCUCGUUGUGAUGAAAGGUACGUUGGCGGUGUUAUACUUGGAUUUAACUGCUAUUCAAGAGAGCAUACGAUCAUCAAGGAGGAUGGGCAUAUUGAAAAUUUUGACCUGUCAAAGGAAGAUUGGGACUUCGUGUGUAUGGUUGAUGUAAUUUAAGAGGUAUUCCAAAUUUUCUCUGUCCGUCCGCUUUUCUCGUUGAAUACCAGGAAUUUUAUGCAAUCGAAGUGUGGACAAGAACUUUGAUUUACCAUGAAGCAUAAUAUACAGUUAACAAUGAGUUCUGAUA